GACGCUGCAGGAGGAAGUGUUGAGUCUGCGCGGCUGCUGCAGGAUCCUGACGCAGGAGUUUAGUUUUUAUUAUUAAACGGCUGACGUGUUGACGUCAUUCUCGGUCUGUUUUCGGAGCUAAAACUUUAACCAGUUUAUCAAACUAUUUUGCUUGUGUUUCCUUUUCCGCGCGUGUGUGUAGAGGAUGAAAAACACCGAGGAUUAACACUGUAAAGGUGACUGCUUCAGGUAGGCUACAGGUUUAGCAGAGCUGUGCUGUGCUGAAGGUGACCUGAUAUUAACACCUGGUUCAGAUGCAGGCGGUGGGCGGGGCCUGCAGUCUGGAUGAUGACAUGCUGGAUGGAGACCUGGGGGACGGGAUGGAGGUCGGAGCUGCUCACAGGUCCAGAAGGAUGAAGAGUCAGAGCUUUAGUGGACCCUCAGAGACGCCGCCAAGCACAGCAGGCAGACUCAGGAGUAGCUGGCAGGCAGAUGAGGACACGUGGAUCCCCGGACUGAAGAGCACAGAGACCGUGCAGAGAGCCCGCUGGAAGCUGCAGUGCUCAGGGUCCCUGGCUGAUCUGUCCAAAGACGAGCUGAGAUACAGACUGCAGGAGGCCACUGAGGUGAUAGACGUGCUGUGCUGUGAGCUGGAGGUGGCACAUCAAUACUUUGAAGGCAAAUAUAAAGCUCUGAAGAUCUUACAGGGGAAGGCCAUUCUGGACAAAGCCACGUGUCACACCAAGAGUGUUCUGCAGAAGAGUGAGGAGAAGGCCAAAGCCCUGGAGAAGGAGGUGAACAGUCUGCAGUGGGAGAUCAGCUUCAGUCAGGUCCAGAUGAAGAAGGGUCAGCAGUCCUGGGAGCACCAGUACAACAGGGUUUUGAGUGAGAAUCGGACUCUGACUGAAAACCUGGAGCAGAGAGAGAGUGAGAUCCAGCAGCUGCGAGCAGAAAACUCAGCUCUGAGUCGGCAGUGUUUGGAGCUGCUGUCCAUGUUGAAUAUAAAGGAGCAGAGAGUUUACCAAGAAACCAAACCACAGUACAGCCUAGACAGAGACUCUGGUAUCCUGGAGAUGGCAGUGUUGGGGGCGUGCAGGUGUGUCGGUGUAUCUGAAGUUUGUCCGUGCGGUCGGACUGCAGCCGCCAGCAGAAAGCAGCUCAUCCAGCUACAGCAGGAGCUGGAUGCUCAGUGUUUGAGGAGGGAAGAGGCAGUGAUGGUUGCUGAUGCAUUUCGUAUCGCCUUCGAGCAGCAGCUGAAGAAACGCAGUGAACACUUCCUCAUGCUCGCUGAAGCUAACAUUCUAAAAUCGAAUCACUGCAGAGCUGAAGGUGCUAACAGGAGUCCUCGGCUCAGUGUAAGUCAGAGGUUGAGAGGAUUACUGCCGUCAGGUCUGGAGGUGAAGAUGUCGGAUGAUCUGUUAGAGACUCUCUACAGACUACUGGACCUGCUGAAUGAUAAGGAUGAGGCUCUGGCCCACCAGAGAAAGGUCAGCAUCAUGUUGGCCCACAAUGCUGAGGAGCUGCAGAGACAACUGCACCUAGACUCACGCCGCCAGUCCUCAGAGCAACCACAGUCCAGGAUCCCAUCAAAGCGACCUGGACAGACCUGCAGCCGCUCACUGUCACACCAUAAAGGCCAAAAGUCAAAAACCCAACCAUCAGACCCAUCAGAGUCCAGGAUCCUUUCUAUACCAGGAAAAGAACCACUAAGGAACCAGAUCCAGGCACACGCAUCAGAGUCCAAGACCCAAGCAAAAGCCUCCUCAGAGUUCAACAUCCAGGCACAGGAAAAUCUGACAGAGUCUCAGGUUCAGCCAGAACAACCACCAUGCCAGCCAGCGUCCAGGACUAAACCAAGUCUGUCAGAGUCAGAGCUGUCUCAUUCACCACAGACGGUCCACAACCACAAGGAGCCUGAUCCUGUAAUCCAGCAGAUGAAUCCAUCAGAAGAAACACAAGAACCAAUCAGGAACCAGAUCCAGUCACACAGAUCUGAGUCCAAGACAAAACAAGUCUCAACAAAAUCCAACAACCAGAUACAAUCCAGGCUUCAGCCAGGACCACCACUCAGUCUGUCAGAGUCCAGGACUGAUAAUGAUCUACCACAGACAAAGUCUAAGAUACAACAACCAGUUUCGCCAGAGUCCUACAGUCAGCCACAGUCCAACCACAGGAACCACAAGUCUGAAAUCCUGGACUCAGAUCCAUCAAGUACCAGGGUCCCAUCAAGGAAACCGCCAAGACCAUCAGGGAUCCAGAGCCCAACUGUUACCCCAGAGUCUCAGGCACAAGACACAUCUGAUUUUAAAAUCCCUGAACAACAACAACCACAACCAGAGCUUCCAGAGUCCAUGGUUCAACCAGAACCACCACCAAGUCCAUCAGAGUCCAGGACUGAACCGCAGGAGCUUUCAGACCCACCACAGACCAUCAUCCAACCAGUCCCCAAUCACAAGAGACCUGAGUCUGUGAUCCAGAUGAAUACAUCAGAGUCCUGGAUCCCAUCAAAACAAUCACAAGGACCAUUAAAGAACCAGAUUCAGAAAACAUCAGACUCACCAGAGUCCAAGAACCAUUCGCAAGACCCAACGAAAAGUAUCUUUAGAGUCCAACAUCCAAACACAGCAACAACCAGACCUGCCAGAGUCCCAGCUUCAGCCAAGACCACCACAAAGUCGGUCAGAGUCCAGGACUGAACCAAAGGGGCUCUCAGACCACCACAGACCAAUAUCCAAUCAGCCUACAUUCACAAGAUCCUCGAGUCAGAAAUCCAACAUCCCAUCUCAUCAGUUUCCAGGAUACAAUCAAAGGAAUAUGACAACAAACUUGUUCAGUCUAGGACAGAUCCACAGCUGAAUAAGAGGAAAGCUGGAAGUGAGACUCAUGCUCAGUCCCAUUUCUAAUCUUUACCCCUUCCUCUCGUUUCGAGUGAUUCCUUGCCCCUCAGAAGUUAUAAGGGGUACUGGUGAAAUUUCCCCCUACACAAUGGAAUAACCCUUCAAGAAGAAAUGGGACACCCACCCCUAGAGUGGGUGAGUGUGCAAUGCGUAGGGGUAUAUUUGGACUGAGCCAAGUUGUAAGCUGGAAAUAUUACCACAAUUCUGAGAUCCUAGGCUCAGACUUCCAGAGUCCAGGAUCCCAUCAAAGCAAAUACAAAGAUCUCAAUUUAGCCUCUGUUCACACUCUGUGUGUUUAUAUUCUCAGAUAAGUGGAUCUUCACUAAUAGCUCGAUUAGUCCAUUUAAGUGUACUACGGUUCAACUACUUACUAUUGGACCUUCUUCAAACUGACCUAUUACUUCAGAUAUCAAACAAUCAUCAGUUGCCACUUCUUGUUUUUCCUUCCAUCCAUGGAAAGAACACUGAGGGUCCAACAGCAUUAAUCCACAUGUAGGUACCAACUGAAGCCAGCAUCUUCUCCCAGCGUCCUACGGUAGAAAGCCCUUCCAAUCAGGUGGGGGGUUUCAAGGUUGGCAUGUCACAUUAAAGCUAUGAAUACACGCAGGAGUAAAUUGACCGCCAACCACA